AUGUGCCUGGGCCGUCGCGUUGGCAGUCGGGGCUCCGAGGUCUGGGCGUUCUGGGGGCGCCGGCAGCCGAGGCGCAUGGCGCGGGGUUGGGCCGGCUUCUCUGAGGAGGAGCUGAGGCGACUGAAGCAGGCUAAAGAUCCAUUUGAACCACAGCGACGUCUCCCUGUGAAGAAAAGUCGACAACAACUUCAGCGGGAAAAAGCUCUUCAAGAGCAAAGCCAAAAACUUGGACUUCAAGAUGGAUCAAGCUCAGUACCUCCAGAGCAGCUGCUUUCUGCACCAAAACCAAGCUUUAAUAGUCCAGAACCACAGUCUUCUCUCCGGGUUCCUCCUGGUCCUCUUACACUUGCCUCUCCUGUCGGUGAUGGAAAACCACAGGGGACUGAAAGUCCACCAAGGGAACUGGGACUUGAGAAUUCCCAUGAUAGUCACAAAAACGCCGAGGUUCUGCCCCCAAAGCCAGAUUGCAAAAUGGAAAAAAAGAAAGUGGAAUUGCAAGAAAAGUCUCGUUGGGAAGUCCUCCAGGAGGAACAACGGCUAAUGGAAGAGAAAAAUAAACGUAAGAAAGCUCUUUUGGCUAAAGCUAUUGCAGAAAGAUCUAAAAGAACUCAAGCAGAGACCUUGAAACUAAAGCGGAUUCAAAAGGAGUUACAGGCACUAGAUGACAUGGUGUCAGCUGACAUUGGAAUCCUCAGAAACCGGAUCGAUCAGGCCAGCCUCGAUUAUUCCUGUGCGCGGAAGCGCUAUGACAGGGCUGAAGCAGAGUAUGUCGCGGCGAAGCUGGAGCUACAGCGCAAGACUGAGACCAAAGAGCGACUCACUGAGCACCUCUGUACGAUCAUACAGCAGAAUGAGCUCCGCAAGGCUAAGAAGUUGGAAGAGUUGAUGCAGCAGCUGGAUGUACGAGCUGAUGAGGAGACUCUGGAGCUCGAGGUGGAGGUGGAGAGAUUGCUGCAUGAGCAAGGAACCGGAGCAGGGAAACAGGAGCCUCACUUGGAGAGGCUGUUCCAGCCUUCUGGGAAGAGUGUGACAUUAGGAUUUGCCGAAGAGAGCAAAAAUCACCAAGAACACGCCGCUUCCCUAAAGAUAGAUGAACAGUGUGAAAAUCCCAGCAGCAUUCCCCUUCAAAAUCCAGGCCAAAAUCAAGAAAUUAAAACUCCUGUAAAGGCCAUUUCAGCUGCUCUGACCACAUGAAGGGCCGGCGUUUGUUCACGGGGCUAGUAUAGGGUUCAGUAGUGCGCACUUCUGCCGGAGAUCAUGCCGUGAGCUCGGAUAAGUGCGUCUUUAAAACGGUGUUAAUUUUUGAAUCCCUGGUUAGUUUUAGUAGAACAUGUUUGACAUUCUAAACCCUCACGUGAUGAUAAUUUUAUACGGAGGCGCACAGCUCACCUUGAUCCACGGCUAGUUCCCUUGGUGUACCCUGAUAACUGGGGGAAAACAGACGACCUCAAAAGACAGAAGAAAAACUACAUGGUUAAGAGUGGUGUUGGACCAGGUGAAUAUGGAAAAGUAAAAGGGAAAAUAAUACUCAGCACCUCACCGAACUCGUUUGACUUCUCCUAGGAGAGGUGUUGAUGAUGAGAGUCCUAUUUUGUGUAGUCAGUAAAGAGACACCAAAAUUAACAUGUGAAAAAGAGGCAGAAGGAGAAAAAAAAGUAGCAUGUUGAAUUGUUUAUUGGAUCAUAACUAGAGCUGCAAAACACAACUUGGGAGAUACACUUUACGAAAGACACUUAAGUAGUUAUUUUUGUCUUCAGUUUGCCUUCUAAAUGGCUUUAAUUCACACCCUAAGUUUUGAUUACUUGAUACACACAAAUAUAACACUAAUACAUGUAACUUUACUGUUAAUACAUGUCUUUAAUCAGCACAUCAAUUAAAUCUAGACAGUGAAAACAUUUCUACAGAGAGGGUGAAAAUACAGGAAACCUAUCAAAAAAACUGAUACACUUUCUGAAGUUAUUAGUAAAUGUGUGUUGGAUAUAAAUUAUCAUAAAACAUUUACAUUGUUAAAAUGAUGAUUUUCUUAAUGUUUUAAUAGUUUGUUAAUUAUUGUCAUUAAUACUUGGCCACCGUGUUGUGCUGUAUGUGAAUGUGUAAAUAAAUACUGUUGGUUUGUCACAAAAUCUGUGAAUUCAAAUUAAAUCGUGAUCUAUUUAUCAAAAAUUCCAAAAAAUACAAAUACUACAUUUUAAGUCUUGAAAAAAGAACUGUUAUAAAAGAGAAUAAGGACAAAUGUAAUAUUGUAUUUAUAGUAAUGCUGAAAAAGUUGGGGACAUUCUAUUUUUAAAUGAGUUUGUUUGAGGGUAUCCUAGCAGUGUGGAUGAGCUGUGUAUUUUUAUAUUAUGUAAUUUGAGUUAAAAUUAUAGCUUUCCAUUACUGACUUAUCUAAACAGAGGCAUUAUAGUUGUGUUUUAUUUAUGAAUGAUAGUCAUAAAAACUGAAAGCAUCAUUGUCCAAUAUACUCUUAUUUUUCUAAGUAAUAAACGAGUCUGAUACAUCUA